GCUUUUCCUUUAUGCAAUCAUCAUUGUACAGAAAGAUACAGAAGAUAAAGAUAAAGAUAAAGAAAGAGGAGGAAUUUAGUUUUGCUGCUAAAGUGGGUGCUCAAUAUUCUCGAGCUUAAUAAAUUCCCACCUCCCCUCCAAUCCUAUUCGAAUUUGAAACUCUCCUCCCACUUCCAUCCCUUUUCUUUGUCUAUCACGAAGAGAGUCGAUUUAGAGUAGAGAGAGAAGACAUUUUUGUUUUUUCAAGACGGAAGAAGAAAAGUAGAAUGAGUACAGCGAGAUUCAUCAAGUGCGUGACUGUCGGCGAUGGAGCUGUUGGGAAGACAUGCAUGCUCAUCUCUUACACCAGCAACACCUUCCCCACGGAUUAUGUGCCUACUGUGUUUGACAACUUCAGUGCUAAUGUGGUGGUAGAUGGAAGCACAGUUAACCUUGGGCUGUGGGAUACUGCUGGACAGGAGGAUUACAACAGGCUGAGGCCUUUGAGUUACAGAGGAGCUGAUGUCUUCCUGUUAGCAUUUUCCCUCAUCAGCAAAGCAAGUUAUGAAAACAUCGCCAAGAAGUGGAUCCCCGAGCUGAGGCAUUAUGCCCCAACUGUGCCGAUUAUUCUGGUGGGCACAAAACUGGAUUUAAGGGAAGACAGGCACUACUUGAUAAAUCACCCCGGCGCAACCCCAAUCACAACUGUACAGGGAGAGGAGCUGAAGAAGAACAUUGGUGCUGCUGCUUACAUAGAGUGCAGCUCUAAGACCCAGCAGAAUGUGAAGGCAGUCUUCGACGCCGCAAUCAAGGUGGUGCUUCAGCCUCCAAAGCCGAAGAAGAAGCGAAGAAAAGCGAGGCCGUCGUCAUGCAUCUUCCUAUGAGACAUCUACAUUGCCCUCAUCCAGACGGCGAUAGUAUGAUUCUAGAUUAUCGGAAACGUGCUCGCUUCUGGGACAUAUUCCCAAAAGACGACCCCGAAAUAUUUUCUCAUGAUCUGUAAUUUUCUUCAGCUGAAUACCUGUGCCAUCGUAUUGGGAGUUGAUUCAAAAGAUUUACACAACACAUUAUACGCAAAAGCAUAAAGAGGAAGAGGCCAAGGCUUGAUCAGUGCAUGCUUUUUGAGACUA